GAGACAAUUAAUUCAACUUACCAAAAUGACUUAUUAUGUAUACUAUGUUGUAAUUUUUCGGUGGUUUUUGGGAAGUUACUAGAAAAGCAUUAUUUUUAAUAAAUUUCGAAAAAAAGCUGCAUUUGGCGGACGUAGCGAAUUGCAGGUUAUUUGAAAUCAGAAACUUACUAUUAGAAAUUCUCUUUUUAGCACCUUUAUUUGGUAAAAUGGAAAAACCAAGCUCAGGAGAUCAAUUCAAUCUUAAGUGGAACAAUCACAUGGCAAAUUUCAUCCAGAUUUUCAUUGAACAUCAAAAUCAGGAAUCCCUAGUUGAUGUUACCCUGUCAUGUGAAGGCCAAUAUAUUAAAGCUCACAAAUUAAUACUGGCAGCAUGCAGCGAUUAUUUCCAAAGUGUCUUCCAAAUUCAUAGCAAUGUUACGCAGCCAUUUAUUUUAUUGAAUGGAAUUCGGUUUCGAGACCUUAAAUACAUUUUGCACUUUAUGUAUCAUGGUGAAGUUAAGGUUUUGGAUAAAGAUCUUCCAAAUGUUUUGGCUCUAGGACAGAGCCUGCAAAUAAAAGGUCUGUGUUCGGUUAAACUAAAAGAUAUGCCAGAUCAUGAGUCACCUCGUCCUAAUAUAAAUCAGUCUGCUAGUAAUAUGGAAAUAGAAUCAAGACCUCCAAGUAAUUUGUUACCUACAGAAGUACCUAAAACCUACUUGCCUGAUCAGAGAAAUGAUCUUAACCAAGAUAUAGAUGGUAAAUCCACUAAACUUUCAUCUUUUCCUGCUCCAGUGGUACGGAAUUCUACACAGACAGGUCCAAACAACCAGCACACAAAUGAAAUCAUAUCAGAUUUACAUCCACCACUUAAAAAAAGAAAAAAUCUAACUGAGAACACAAGUGCACCAAGUAUAAAGCUGGAUAACCAUCCAGAAGCUGUUGACUAUAAACCCAGAAGUCCAUUCAUGAUUUUUGCCAAAGAUUGGAGACCAAAAUUGGCUGCAGAAUAUCCAGACAAAAGCAACAAAGAAAUUUCAAUUAAAUUGGGAAAUAUUUGGAAAGCUCUGACACCAGAAACGAAAAAGGCAUACUAUACCACAGCCAAGAAAACUGAAAAACAUAAACAAAAAUAUACAGAUUGCACGUUCAUUGGUGAGGAUGUAAAAAAAUUAAAAAGUGAUGCCUACAGCGGAAAUAACUCGCCUGUAGACCCAUUAAUGAUGAUUCAAGUGGAUGAAGAAUCGAUAUUGCUAUCUGAAGAUGAAUAAAUGGAACCUUCUUUUGAAAAAGUUUUGUCCAUAAAGUCUACCAUAAUAAGUGUGCAAAAAUUAACAUUGUUAUUAAACAAAUGAGACGUUUAAGAUUACUUUAAUUAUAAAAUUCGGAAUUUGCCAAUGCCUUGAGUAUAGUAAAUGAAUUCUGUGGUAUCCUUACAUUGUGUUCUCAUUAACUCGGAAAAAGUGUUAAAGCCUCACACCAGUGCUUUUGUUUAAUAACACUGUAUUUGCUCUAAAUUCUGGCGCCUACCCAUUUUUGUACAUUUUUAGAACCUCAUAUUAAGGUUAAGAUGAUUUUAAUGUAGUAUAAAAACAAUUCUAAAGCAUUUCAGAAGUUAAUUAAUCUUUAAGAAAAUAUUUGAAAUAAAUGUAUG